AUAUAUGUGAACGCCUUGCGCUGUACUCCUAUUUUCUUAAGUACUUAUCAUUCUCGAAUAAACAGCGAAAUUUGCGUUAACCAGUAAGGUCUGUUCUUCCAUUCAGUCUGUUCGGUGUCUUCGAUUCGUACAGACCCUGGGAAUAGCUAAACAGCGACCGAGAACAUGGGUUCUUUAUUUCGAAGUGAGCAGAUGACCUUGUGUCAGCUCUUUCUGCAGAGUGAAGCAGCCUAUGCAUGUGUAUCGGAACUGGGCGAAUUGGGACUGGUCCAAUUUCGUGAUCUAAAUCCCGACGUGAAUGCUUUUCAACGGAAAUUCGUCAAUGAAGUACGACGUUGCGAUGAAAUGGAGCGAAAACUGCGCUACUUGGAAAAGGAAAUAAAGAAAGACGGCAUUCCGAUGUUGGACACGGGUGAUAGUCCCGAAGCGCCCCAGCCGAGAGAAAUGAUCGACCUUGAGGCAACAUUCGAGAAAUUGGAAAAUGAAUUGCGUGAAGUGAAUCAGAAUGCCGAGGCAUUGAAACGGAAUUUCUUGGAAUUGACGGAAUUGAAACAUAUUCUGCGAAAGACGCAGGUCUUUUUCGAUGAGCAAGAAGGUGGACUUGGUGCUACUGAGUCAAUGACCAGAGCUUUAAUAUCCGAUGAAUCGAUAAGGGCUGGAAAUGCUAUGGGACCGGUUCAGCUUGGUUUUCUGGAAAAAACACAAGAACCUGAAGACUAUCUGCCAUGCUUCGUUGCUGGUGUUAUUUUGCGAGAACGUUUACCAGCAUUUGAACGAAUGCUGUGGCGUGCAUGCCGUGGUAACGUAUUCCUUCGUCAAGCUCAGAUCGAAUCACCGUUGGAAGAUCCAUCAAACGGAGACAAGGUAUUCAAGUCGGUGUUCAUCAUCUUCUUCCAAGGUGAUCAAUUGAAGACUCGUGUGAAGAAAAUAUGCGAGGGAUUCCGUGCAACUUUGUAUCCAUGCCCAGAGGCACCAUCCGAUCGACGUGAAAUGGCCAUGGGUGUGAUGACCCGUAUCGAGGAUUUGAAUACUGUGCUCGGACAAACGCAAGACCAUCGUCAUCGUGUUUUAGUUGCAGCGGCUAAAAAUCUGAAAAAUUGGUUCGUCAAGGUGCGCAAGAUCAAAGCUAUUUAUCACACUUUGAAUUUGUUCAAUUUGGAUGUUACGCAAAAAUGUUUGAUCGCCGAGUGCUGGGUGCCAGUAUUAGAUAUUGAAACAAUUCAAUUGGCGUUGCGACGAGGAACGGAACGGUCUGGUUCAUCCGUACCGCCGAUAUUGAAUCGAAUGCAAACGUUCGAAAAUCCACCAACUUAUAACCGAACCAACAAGUUUACCAAAGCGUUUCAAGUGUUGAUCGAUUCGUAUGGCAUAGCCAGCUAUCGUGAAAUGAAUCCAGCUCCAUACACAAUUAUCACGUUCCCAUUCUUGUUCUCUGUUAUGUUCGGUGACUUGGGACACGGUGCCAUUAUGUUUGCGUUCGGCUUGUGGAUGAUACUGAAGGAGAAACCAUUGGCUGCCAAGAAGUCGGAUAACGAAAUUUGGAACAUUUUCUUCGGUGGUCGUUACAUCAUUUUCUUGAUGGGAGCAUUUUCCAUGUACACCGGCUUCAUAUACAAUGACAUCUUCUCGAAAUCUCUGAAUAUUUUCGGCUCCAGAUGGAAGAUAAAUUACAAUGCGUCGACCGUUGCCGAAAAUCAUGUGUUGCAAUUGGAUCCGGGCGGUGCUGAUUUCCUACAGUCACCCUAUCCAUUUGGCAUGGAUCCCGUUUGGCAGGUUGCGCCACUGAACAAAAUCAUUUUCCAGAAUGCGUACAAAAUGAAAAUUUCCAUAAUUUUCGGUGUCAUUCACAUGAUCUUUGGCGUUAUGAUGAGUCUGAUGAACUAUCGCUACUUCAACGACAAGAUUUCCGUUCUGACGCAAUUCAUUCCACAAAUUAUUUUCCUUGUCUUCCUGUUCUUUUACAUGACAUUGUUGAUGUUCAUCAAAUGGGUUCGGUAUUCAGCGGCAAACGAAGGUCGAUUCUCGGAAUCUUGUGCACCUUCCAUUCUAAUCACAUUUAUCAACAUGGUGCUGUUCAAAGCUCCGGAUGAAAUAGAAGGUGCUGUAUGCAGUCCAUGGAUGUUCGCUGGACAGUCAUUCAUACAAAAAGUAUUGGUCCUGCUAGCAUUAGCAUGUGUACCAUGGAUGCUUCUUGCCAAACCUAUUCACAUCAUGAAGAGCCGUAAGGCAGCAUUGCAUCAACCAAUUAUGCCAGUAGAGAAUGGUGAUGCCGAAGGUGGAUUGAACCAAGAGAAUCUAGCACAAGCUGAACAUGGUGGACACGGCGAGCAUGGUGAGGAAGAAGAAAUGUCUGAGAUUUUCAUUCAUCAAGGUAUUCACACCAUUGAAUACGUGCUGGGCUCUGUGUCGCAUACUGCAUCUUAUCUGCGUUUGUGGGCUCUUUCCUUGGCUCAUGCCCAACUGGCUGAGGUACUAUGGAACAUGGUUCUACAGAAUGCAUUGAAACAAUCCGGCUGGAUGGGUGGUGUCGCCUUGUGGGUUAUUUUCGCCUUCUGGGGUGUACUUACCGUUGGCAUUUUGGUAUUGAUGGAAGGAUUGUCCGCAUUUUUGCACACACUUCGUUUGCAUUGGGUUGAGUUCCAGAGUAAAUUCUAUUCGGGUCUCGGCUAUGCCUUUACACCGUUUUCGUUUGACAUUAUCUUGGAGCAAGGUUCGUCCGGACCGGUUGAUGGCGGCGACUAAAUCGACCGUGUUAGAAGCAUUUUCAAUGGCAUGAACCAUGAUAUUACGAUUUUAAGACAAUUUACUUGGUUUACUAUAUCUACGUACAACUACCACCACCAACAAAAUUCUUACAUAAAAAUUAAUCAAAAAAAAAGUAAUUUCCUGUUUGUAGUUUAAUUAAAUUGUUGUUGUUGUAGCUUCACAAACGAACGCAAUUGACAUUGAUUGUAUUUACUCAGCGUAUUUAAUGUUUCAAGUGUAGAAAAAAUUGUAGUUUUAAAUAAAUCUAUUUAUCUCCUGGCACA